AUGGACGCGCGCGUCGCGAUCGUCGCGCUCUGCGUAACUGUUGUGCGUGCUUUACAGCCAGCGGCGCGCAUAUACAUUGAAUCACCACAGAGAACUAUCUAUAGACAAAACACAGGUUUGAGUACCUAUAUGUAUAAUGUAGAUAUAGAAAAGAGACAUACUACAGAGGUUAUAGAAGAUUUCAAGAAAACCAAAACUGAUACAUUUUUGCUGUACACGGACUAUACAACCAGAGUGUCAGAUGACUUGAAAGCUUUCCAGAUCAACAUAUCGUCGUUAACCCAAGACACUAUUGCUUCUAUGCAAACGAGAAUUCUAGAUAGAGCUUCAAGACAUUGCCGUGACGAAUUUGAGAAUAGCAUGAAUAAGAUAGGAUAUGACGCGAACCGCACAGCGAGCUUCAAUGCAUUGCACCACCACAAGUACUUCCUAGGAUAUAAGAUAGUGUUAAAUAUUCACUUAAACAAGGCCGAUUGUCAUAUUCGAAAAUGUGAGAAGAUAAUUAAUAGCUGCGGCGUCAACUGUGAAACCAUCCCACAAUUGAUAAGAUAUAGACGUCUCGCUUUAUGGCAAUUAAAUAGAGUGAAAGAUGAUUUACAACAUUCUAGAAGAUCAUACAGCGAUCUUCUUGUACAUUCUAGAAGAAACUUGGACAAAUUGAGAAAAAAAGCCCAGUUAAGAGCAAAUGAUGCAGUAGCCGCAGUACACAGAAUGUCGAAAGGACGUAAGUUACCU